AUGAUUACAUCAUACUUCAAAAUAAGUAUUUAUUUAUUUUAUAUUUUAAUAGUGCUAUAAAAAAGAGAUACUAUUGAACAGCAACUAAAAAUUGAUAUGCUCAAAAGUUAAAUUUACAGCUAUAUGGCUAAACCAAAGGUUCUGGUUUAGUUUUGUUUCUUUGAUCAUAUCACAAGAUUUUAAAUGCAUAGGGUGGAUCUAAUUAAGAAUAUUUGGAGUAAGGUAAAUUGUAUAUUUAUUAGAUGUUGAAAAUAUAUCAUCUUUCAUAUUCUUGAAUUUAGAUAAUUUAAAUGUUCAAAUGUAUGAAAAAUUAAAAGAAAAAAAAAAUUCUGGUUUUUAGGCGAUAUUUUUAAGUAAUUUUUGAAUUUAAUACCAAUGUAGGCAGCUAAUGA